UGUACGGUCGCCGCCACCGUUUUCUCUCUUCCAACCUAGACAAGCCUAAAUAAAAUGAAAAGAAUGUGAUAAAACAAAAUGAACAAGCUAGUGAUUGGGAGAAUACCAAGCUCCUGGAUUGUACAUUCAAACCGAAUCAGAAUCACUGCCCUAGAUUUAUUGCCCGGCUUCAAUGAGCGACAGCAUAUCAUAUGGUGUACACGUACUCCGUCGGUCCCUGCCACAGGGUUCCAAGAUCCAGGCUAGCACAUUAAACCCACGGUGUCCACCACCCUCAUAAACCCUGCAGCAGCAACAGCAGCAAGAGCUCCAAAUUAAGCUGCAUCUACCACUACACAGAUCAACAAAGCAAAGGCCAAAUGGGCACAUUAGUAGCAUAAUUAGUACCGGUACUCAUCAUCACAGCACAAUCUUGUGCAUCAUUCAGAGUACCACUAGUAUCUAGCUAUAGCCUAUACUAGCUAGCUUCCCUUGGAUCAUGAGCAAUUGCCGUCUUCUGCUGAGUUGUGCCAUGUGAGGAGUUCCUUUCUGCAAUGCGAUGAGGAGUAUAGUACAGUGCUGGCAAUAAUCCGUGUAACUACCGUGGACCAUCAAUGGAUCUGUGCUGCCCACAUUGACAAUUUGGGGUUUCAUUCAGUAGUAAAGGUUACUCCUCCUCUACUCACCACAUGCAGGCUCCUUUUAAUCGUAAAUCGCAAUUAAGCUUAUCCGGACCAUAAUUAGCGAGGACAGCGCCCCCUUUUCUACGUUUGAAGUUUUGCAGUAAAAGCUGAGGGUUGUUUGUGUUGGGUACAGAAAUUACUGAUAUUUAACACUUCACAUUUCCCUCCACUAGACCAUCUCCCUGCACAUGGCAGAAGCAGAGUGUGAGAGAAUGGGAAAUCCAUUGUGUUUAGAUCAUUGGAUCAUUUUCCUCGUUCUGCUUCUUCCUCAUUCUACUUCUUCCCCUGCAUGCUGCUGCAAAGAUCGACGCGUAAUGGAGUAGAGCAAGUAGUAGCGGCAGCCGCAGCUGCAGAAUUGUAGCGUUUUCUCUGCAGAUGGGCAAGGCUGGCAGGUGGCUCAGAAGCUUCCUCACCGGCAAGAAGGCCAGGGACAAGGGGACAGACGACGGCCUGCCGGCGCCGGCCAAAGAGAAGAGACGCUGGAGCUUCCGGCGUCCGGCGGCGUCGGUGAGCGCCAGGGACACGAUCAGCGCCACGUCCGGCUGCCAAGGCAAGGGCCAGCUCGCGUCCACGUCGUCGCACUGCUUCUCGGAGGUGCAUGCGGUGACGGUGCAGGACCAGCAUGCCGUCGGUGCUGCUGCGCCGCACGAGGUCGCGAUCACCGCGGCCAAGGCGCCGCCGGAGGGCAGCACCUGUGACGCCGAGGAAGCCGCGGCCGUCAAGAUUCAGUCCGCCUUCCGAUCGUAUCUGGCGAGGACGGCACUGUGCGCGCUGCGAGGGAUGGUGAAGCUGCAGGCCAUCGUGAGGGGCCAGCUGGUGAGGCGGCAGGCCGACAUGACGCUCCGCCGCAUCCAGGCGCUCGUCGCCGCCCAGAGGCGCGUGCGCGCUGAGCGGCUGCGGCUCCGGCUCCUCGAGGACGGCACGCCGCCGGCGCGGACAACGAGCCGCCGGUCGCCGCAGCAUCACUGCUCCCCUCGGAAGCCACUGUCCGUGGCAAUGCAGGAGGAGAACGGGAAGGGCGUCGGGGAGGUGGACAGCAGCGGCGGCGCACGGCGCAACAGCUGCUGCUCGACGCCGGCGAAGGCGGAGCUGUACUACAACCAGAACCAGAAGGCGUCGCCGGGUCCGUCGGGUCUGACGUCGGACUUGAGCGUGCGGACGUUCAGCGGCCGGUUCGACGAGGAGCACUACUCGUCCGCCUCCUUCUCCGCGGCGGCGUCCGAGGCGAGCGGGCGCCACCGCGGCGGCAAGGCGUGCCACGCCCACGCCGCGAGCUACAUGGCCUACACGGAGUCGUCGCGCGCCAAGCAGGCGCGGUCGCAGAGCGCGCCGCGGCAUCGCCCCGAGGCGGCCUCGCCGUCGCGGUCGUACGAGCGGCCGCCUAGUGGGAGCGGCGGCCGGCGCAGGGCGUCCCUCGAACCGCGGGACCUCGCCGGCCAAGUGCGCGCCCCCUCGCCAAGGAGCUCCGUUGACGCGGGGCGUGUGGCACCGCAGGACAGGCCAACGGCGGCCGCGGCGCGCAUCGCGAGAUGAUGACUCUCCGCACCGAGGCGGAGCGAAUGAAAUUUAAUGCCGCAAUAAAAAGUCUGUUUCUGCCGUGAAUUAUCUGUCCUGCGGUAAUAAUCAUGGACGGUCUAUUCUAUGAUGGCAUUUUCAAAACGGACCCUCAAACCGCCUCCAAGAUUUAAAUUGCACAAUCUGGACAUGUUUUUCGAUCAAACGUGAUUCUGUACUGCUCCGUCGAACAGUCGGGAU